UGAACACAAGUCUUCAUGCGAAUCAAACAUUUCUCUCCUUUUCCACAUGUUUGAAUAACAUACACUUCACUUGUCUCUUUGAUCCAAUCUCUUUCUCUCUCACUUCAGAUUCUUAUAAUAUCAGUAAAAAGAAAAACCCAGCUCUCUAAGUGGAAUCUUACGUUGAAUGUAUGGUUGGCGAAGAUGUAGUUAUGUAGAGAAUGAUCAGUGCUUGAGAUUGGUAAUUGAAUGGAUAUCUCUGUUUGGCUACUGAGAGAAUGUGGGAAAUGAAAAGAAAGGGUUUCUCUAUGAGUUAAAGACUAGAACUUUGUUUUGUUGUUUUUGGUAUUUUUGUUAACUCGACUAGAAAUUUGCAAAAUUUAUGAUUGAUUAUUUAUUUCUGGGAAACACAUAAAAGUUCUGUUUUGUAGUUGCUGUAAUUGGACUGGCGGAGAUUUCAGCUGCUGAAGAAUGUUAUGAGAGUAAAUUUUAGUUCAAAACUCGGUUAAAGGAUAAGUCUUUGUUGAGGAUAUCAACUCGUACCAUUGUUGUGAGGCAUUGUCAUAAAAGCUUUCAUUGAGCUGGGAUUGUGCAGAAAGAUGGUUGGGAAGUCAUUAGUCCAGGUUUCAAACUGUCCUCCUAUGCUAUCUUCGUCAUCAUUGAUUAAUGUAUCUCAUAGUUCUUCAAACUUCUUGCCUUUUCUUCCGGCAAGACCACAAAAGAAAUUCAUAGGGGUGCGAGCUAUGUCAGCAGAUACAGGACAUAGCCAACAACCACCCUCUUCUUCGGAGAAAAUGAAUGCACUUGCAGUUAUUUUGGAGGUUCCUCGUAAUAUUUGGAGGCAAACAUUGAAGCCGUUAAGUGAUUUUGGGUUUGGUCGGAGGAGCAUUUGGGAAGGUGGUGUUGGGUUGUUUCUUGUGUCUGGUGCGGUGCUUGUUGCACUCAGUUUGGCUUGGUUGAGGGGAUUUAUAUUGCGUUCUAAAUUCAGGAAGUACUCGGCUGUGUUUGAAUUUGCUCAAGCUAGCGGUAUUUGCACAGGAACACGAGUUAGGAUUAGAGGGGUCACUGUUGGUGAAGUUAUCCGCGUUAAUCCUUCCUUGAAGAGUAUAGAGGCUGUUGUGGAGGUUGAGGAUGAUAAAAUUUUCAUACCUAAAAAUUCACUGAUUGAGGUGAACCAGUCCGGUCUUCUCAUGGAAACAAUGAUUGAUAUCACUCCUCGUGAUCCAAUACCAACACCUUCUGUUGGACCUCUUGAUGCUGAAUGUGUUAAAGAAGGUCUAAUUGUUUGUGAUAGGCAAAAAUUAAAGGGACAUCAAGGAGUGAGUUUGGAUGCCUUGGUUGGGAUAUUCACUCGUAUUGGACGAGAAGUAGAGGAAAUUGGUGUUGCCAAGAGCUAUUCAUUGGCUGAGCGGGUUGCUGCUGUUAUUGAAGAGGCAAAGCCACUGCUUACAAAGAUUAAAGCCAUGACUGAAGAUAUUCAUCCUUUGCUGUCUGAGGUUCGUGAUAGUGGCCUGCUAAAGGAAGUCGAGGAUUUAACCAGAAACUUAUCACUAGCUUCUGAGGAUUUAAGAAGGGCACAUACAUCCAUUAUGACACCAGAGAACACUGAGUUGAUUCAAAAGUCCAUUUACAGUUUGAUUUUCACUUUGAAAAACAUUGAGAAUAUAAGCUCUGAUAUUCUGGGAUUCACGGGUGAUGAGGCUACAAGACGUAACUUGAAAGCACUUAUAAAGUCCCUCAGCAGGUUAUUAUAAAAGCCAAUGAACCGCGAAAAUGGUAUGGCUAUCUUCAACAGCUGAUUAGAUGGCCUGAAACGGUUCCCUCAUUGUGUUAGCAUUAUUGAUGUAGAAGGGCUUAUUCUAGACUACUUGUUGAAUGUUCUCCCAUGGCCUAGCUAGAAGUGACAAGAGAAUGCUUUUUAGACGAGAAAGCAUUUUUGUUAUACGAAAUCAUUGAUUGGCAUUCUGAAUAUUUUCAAAAUUUUUCCGUGGGAUAUUACUUCCCAACCAAGAAACUUAGUCCAUAUUAGAAGAAGUAGAAUACAUCAUCAAGACUCCUCGUCCA